AUGAGAGCCAAAUCGUUGGUAAAGGAGGUUAUGGCACAGUUUACAAAGGGACAUUACCAGAAGAGAGAUAUUGCCAUUAAAAUAUCCAAAGAGACAAACAAGAUCCAAGUUAAAGAAUUCAUAAAUGAGAUUGUCAUUCUUGCUCGUCUCAAUCACGAAAAUGUGGUGAAGCUAUUAGGUUGUUGUUUAGCAACCCCAGUUCCAAUUUUAGUUUAUGAGUUUAUUACAAGGGGGACCUUGUUUCACCGAAUCCAUGGCGAUGAGAGACAAAAGUUUGUGUUCUCAUGGGAGGAUCGAUUAAGAAUAGUGGUAGAAACUGCAGGAGCACUUGCAUACUUGCAUUCAGCAGGUGAUCCGCCAAUCGUUCAUGGAGAUAUCAAGUCUAUGAAUAUACUCUUAGAUGAUAAAUUCACUGCAAAAGUAUCAGAUUUUGGUGCUUCAAGAUUGGUCCCCCUGAAUCAAAUGCAGUCAUCUACAUUUGUACAAGGAACUUUUGGGUACAUAAAUCCAGAAUAUAUGAAAACAAGGCAGUUAACUGACAAGAGUGAUGUUUAUAGCUUUGGUGCAGUCCUUGUGGAGCUAUUAACAGGAAAGAAGAUUUAUUCUAAUGACAGGCCUGAAGAACGAAAAAAUAUAGCAAAGUAUUUUGUUUUAUCAAUGAAACAGAACCGUCUCUUUGAUAUCCUAGAGGAUGCAUGGAAGAAAUUGUACGCAGCUUCAAGGAGUUGCGGAGAUUGCAGAACAAUGCCUACGAUUGAGCGGGGAAGAGAAACCAAAAAUGAGAGAAGUUGUAGCUUUAAACUACUUAAGAGGACGAGGAGAUGGGUCAUCCAAAAGUCACUGAGGAACCGUGUGUCACGGUCUGACGUGAUGGUCUUGGGUACCCCAUGCAAGCGGACAAUCUUCCUGAAAAAUAAUUUGGCUGUUGUAGAUGCAUCUGCUGUUUUCUUGCAUGGGAGGAAGUGA